AUGUCCAGUACAUCAUUAGAUAGUGCACCAAGUGAAUCAUCAACACAAUUACCAGGAUUAUCCACAACAUCUAAUAAUCAAUCAGAUUCAACCACACCUGAUGCUACAUUAAAACAAACUGAUAUCCCACCACAACCACAAUCUUCAAUAAAUAAUGAAUCAUUAGAUAAUAAUAAUAAUAAUAAUAAUAAUAAUCAAUCUCAACAAGAUAAAAAACAAACGGUAUUUGAAAUAGCUCAAAAUAUUGAAGAAAAUCUAAAUAAAUUAUUAAAACAAUUGGAUAAUACUGAUAAUGAAAUAAAUACUAAAAUUGAUCUGGCUUUAAAAAAUAUCAAUACCUUAUAUGAUAAAACUACCACCGCUACUGCUACUAAUGCUAGUUGA